ACGAAGGUGGAUGCUCCGCGGAGCACUGGUCACCGGAGACUACCUUAACGGAACCUGAACUGGAGAGAUACACGGAUAGGGAAGCGAAAGGACCUGAGGCAGGAAAAGUGGAUCGAUUUUUAAAAAAAGACUUGUGAGCGAUGCGCUGGCAGUAUGGCCAGAUGGUUCAAGGAACACCUAGGGUUCAAAACCACCAAAGCACCACCUCCGGCUCCUCCAAAACCGGACUACAGACACUGCCUCUCCGCUGUGCCAGGCAACCACCAGACAAGCUCGGCGGCUACUUGCCACUACCCGAGUCCCGCACAGCCGGACAUUCUAGCAGCCUACAAACUACAGAAAGAGCUGGAUUUCGAGGACCCUUACACAGGAGGUGGAAACAUUGCAUUUUCAACAGGCUUGAGUUCUGUGGGUUCACCGGACGUAAAAUACGUGUCUCCAAAGCACCGGCUUAUCAAGGUGGAAACGAUCGAGAAAAGCAACUCCACUCCGGGCACUGCCAUAAUAUCAACCACAGCUGUUUCUGGUGGGAAUGUGAAAUCUCCUACUUCCCCUCCCGCAGAGCAGGAAAACAAACAAGAAAAGCCCAUUAUCCUUGAGGACUAUGCUGACCCCUUUGAUGCCAAACAGGCAGGUGGGACCCAGGCCACCAUGGAGAAAGUCACAGAAAAUGACGGGUACAUGGAGCCCUACGAGGCCCAGAAGAUGAUGGCAGAGAUUCGUGGUGGGCGGGGCCCCAAGGAAGGGCCACUGAGGGAGCUCCCCCUGUACGACACACCUUAUGAACCAGCUGAGAACGGCAGCGAGUCAGACCCAGAGCGCCCUCGCUGUCCCAGAGAAAGCAGGCUUCCGCAGAAUGACGAAAGACCCCCAGAGGAGUACGAUCAGCCCUGGGAGUGGAAGAAGGACAGGAUCUCCAAGGCCUUUGCAGUAGAGAUUAAAGUCAUCAAGGACCUGCCCUGGCCCCCCCCAGUGGGGCAGCUCAACAGCAAUCCCCCAUUGGCUGAGGGCGUGGAGGCAUCGCUGCCACCAGCACAACCCUCCCCCAGACAGAUGGCCUGUGAGCAGCACCAUCACGUACAGUUUGACGACAUGGAGAAGUCCCAAAUGUCACCCACCAAGGAGGGAAAAGCACGUUUGUCCCAGCGGCACUCCAGUGGCUGUCUGGUGAACACCAAACUGGGCUCACUGGACCACUGCACCCCUGCCCUGGGAGAGCGCAUUGACCCCUCCAUGCCUCUCGAGAGCCAGUUCUGGUACCAUGGAGCGAUCAGUCGGACAGAUGCAGAGUCUCUGCUGAGGCUAUGCAAGGAGGCCAGCUACCUGGUUAGGAACAGUGAGACCAGCAAGAAUGACUUCUCCCUCUCACUCAAGAGCAGCCAAGGCUUCAUGCACAUGAAACUGUCCCGGACCAAAGAGAACAAGUAUGUCCUUGGCCAAAACAGCAGCCUCUUCGACAGUGUGCCAGAGAUCAUCCACUUCUACUCCAGCCACAAGCUGCCCAUCAAGGGGGCCGAGCACAUGUCACUACUGUACCCUGUGGCCAUCAGGACAUUAUAGUCUCUUGAGUGACAUGCCCACAGGACCAAUUCCCAUAUCAGAGGUGUCAGAUAUCCACCCCUGGGACCCCUUUGGGCCCACCUUGAUUCCACUCCCUCUGCCUCACCAGACCUCUGGCCCACACAGGUCUGAGUGAGAAUCUCGGGAGCGGUGAGGGGUCAGAGGUCUAAGGGUAAAGGAAGAUGAUGGUCACACAUUGCUGUAUUAGUCCCUCAUAUCAGCCUUCCACCCUGAUCUCAGAUCCGCACCUUCUACCUGUCUCAUUGCAUCCCUACACAGAUUAGCUCUCUGCUGAAAUAUGUGAGAGGAGUCUGCAUUCCUCAGAAGGUUGCUUCUUGGCCUGCUCCUAUUUUUUUUUUUUUUUAUGUGAGGAAGCCCAUAUUACAAUGAAAAGGAACUGUGUUGGAGAUGAGAAUUACAUUGACUCAUAAAUUGGAAGAAAUUGCUUUUUUGUGGAUUUUUUUGUUUUUGCAAGUCUGCACAAUCAGAUGUGAUGCCUGUAUUUUUUUGUGAUUGUGUGUUUCACUGCCACUGUUUGCUGCUGAUAGUGCAGUUUUCAUACACUGACCUGCCUUUCAGAAUGGACCCACAAGGGACUGUGCUGGGUGUACUGUACAUGACUAAAGGGGAGA